AGCGGGACGGGACGGGACGGGCCCGGCGCGGGAGGGAGCGGAGCACCGCGGGCAGCGAGCGAGAUGCAGCUCCGAGGCGCCCUCCUCCUCGCGCUCGCCCUGCUGGCGCUCACCUCCGCUGUGGCCAAAAAGAAAGACAAAGUGAAGAAGGGCGGCCCGGGGGCCGAGUGCGCGGAGUGGACCUGGGGACCCUGCACCCCCAGCAGCAAGGACUGCGGCGCGGGCUUCCGCGAGGGCACCUGCGGGGCCCAGACCCAGCGCGUCCGCUGCAGAGUGCCCUGCAACUGGAAGAAGGAGUUCGGAGCCGACUGCAAGUACAAGUUUGAGAGUUGGGGAGCGUGUGAUGGGGGCACAGGCACCAAAGCGCGCCAAGGCACCCUGAAGAAGGCGCGGUACAAUGCCCAGUGCCAGGAGACCAUCCGUGUGACCAAGCCCUGCACCCCCAAAACCAAAACCAAGGCCAAAGCCAAGAAGGGGAAGGGGAAGGACUAGCCCCAGCUGGACGCCUGGAGCCCCGGCCCGGGCAAGCCCACCAGUGCCUUCUGUCUGCUCGUGUAGCUUUAUCAAUCAUGCCCUGCGGCUCCCCGCUCACUCCCUGCCCAGAGUUGGGGGGGGGCGAGGGGUUCUGGGAAGCUUGGGCCUCCCCACAAAGGGAUUUGAUUCCCCGGCCCCCCCUUUUGCUCUUCCCCACAAUGAUGCCAUUACUAAGAAAGAAAUAAACCGAAGUGUGUUUCUUUUUUCCCAAUAAAAGCUUUUCUUUUAAUAUAUAAAAGCCC